AUGGCUGAAAUUGAAGAUGAAGAAGUAAGUCAAGCAGCUUUAGAAGGUCGACCAACUUCGAUUGUUAAAAUGUCAUUGCUUGAAGGUGGUGAUAGACGUCGAUACAAUCUUCCUUCACAUGAGGAAGUUGCCAUUGUUUUUGUUAGGGAUGAUGGUGCUCCACCUCCAUCUAGGGAAGUAGUUAUAUACCCUCGAGGUCAGGCCUUAAAAACAAUUUCAAGUAUGUCUGCAAAUCUAGAUCCAAUGAUAUAUCCAAUAUUUUUUCCAAGAAGUGAUGCUGGAUGGCAUGAGCAACUAGAGCAUCAUCCUGACCGAGCUACACGUGUUAGAAAUCGGGUUACUUUGUCUCAGUACUACAAUUACAGGCUUUCUGUUAGAGAAACCUUUAAUCCUAUAUUUUAUGGUAAGAAGCUUUUUCAACAGUAUGCUGUUGAUGCAUAUGUCAAGAUUGAAGGUCAGCGCCUUGCUUUUAUUAGAAAUAACCAAAACAGACUUAGAAGUGAACAAUAUGAUACAUUAUAUGAACAUGUAAAUAACGCUGCAAAUAACCUUAAUGUAAGACCAGGUCGUGUUUUUAUACUACCAUCCUCAUAUGUUGGAAGUCCAAGAGCUUUAAAAGAAAAUUUUGAAGAUGCAAUUAUGAAGAGAUAUGGCAAACCAGAUCUUUUUAUUACUUUUACCUGCAAUCCAAAAUGGAAAGAAAUUACAGAAAAUUUAAAUCCAGGUGAGAGCCCAUCUGACAGACCUGAUUUAGUUUGUCGUGUAUUUAAGAUGAAACUUAAAUGCUUCCUAGAUGAUAUUUUUAAACACGGAGUCUUAGGUAAAGUUAUAAGUCAUGUACAGGUUAUUGAGUUUCAAAAACGUGGUUUGCCACAUGUACAUAUUUUAUUGCACUUUGUAAAUGAUGAUAAGGUAGAAACAGCAGAGGAUAUUGAUAGUCUAAUAUCAGCUGAAAUUCCAGAUCAAACUGUUGAUCCUGAACUUUUGAAAUUAUAA